GGUGCAGGGGUCGUCCACCAGCUGUCGCGAACGGAAGAGAGGUAUUCCUUGGACUGAAGAGGAACACCGAAUGUUUUUACUUGGUCUGCAAAAGCUUGGCAAAGGGGAUUGGCGAGGGAUAUCGCGCAAAUAUGUGAUUACAAGGACGCCAACUCAAGUCGCCAGCCACGCUCAAAAAUAUUUUAUACGCCAAUCUAAUGCCAACAGAAGGCGACGAAGGACGAGCCUCUUUGACAUGAUACCGGAUGAAACUGCAGAAUCUGAGUUAUUUACUGUAAACUAUCAAGAACCUGAAUCACAAGACUACAAUUGUAUGCCCGCACCUUUACUUCAAGAAGAAGAAUGCGAGUCAUUGGAUUCAAUUAAUUCUGUCGACGAAGAAUUAGACGCUAUAAAACCAGAACUUUCUGAAUCCCAUUGUAGUUAUCAAGUCAUGUACCCUGCCUAUUUCUCUCAAUUCUUUCCCUUCAUGCUCCCACCUUGGCCUGUUUGUGCUGCUGAAACUGUGGAGAUGCAGGCUCAUGAAAUAGUGAAGCCAACGCCUGUACAUACAAAGUCUCCCAUCAAGGUGGAUGAGCUUCUGGGCAUCUCACGGCUGAGUAUCGGAGAAUCUGGUGUUGAAGAAGCCGCGCCGUUGCUUUCGUCGAGAGUAAGUUUGCUCGUCGCGAAUAGGCAUUCUGCAUUUCAUGCUAAUUAUCCUGCUCGGCCGAAGGCAGCUUAGUAGAAUUGUUCGAUGAGGGAGUUUUUUUAGUCUAAGAUGUGGUUUUUAAGUAUUAUUUGCUUUUUAUGUGUAUGUAUGAUGUUUUAAGUAGGGGGAGGAUGUGACAAUGAAAGUUGGCUACAUAAUCAUCAAUUCUUUUGGUAGAUGUAUUCUUCUUGUAUGUUAUAACUUCGUUAUUUGGAACCUUAAAUUAUGAUUCUUCUUUGUUGA